CCACAGAUCAAUCCCACUGCACUCAAGUUCUUCACUUCCCUCCAAAUCAAUGGAUCCACAACACCACCACCACCACCAGCUCCACGUCGUCUUCCUCCCUUUCAUGGCUCAAGGCCACAUGAUCCCAAUCACAGACAUGGCGAGGCUCUUCGCCCGCCGCGGCGUCAAGUCAACGAUCAUCACCACUCCCCUCAACGCCCCUCUCUUCUCCGGCAAGAUCCGCCGCGACGCCCAAUCUGGUCUCCCAAUCGAAACCCACAUCAUCGAAUUCCCCUGUGCAGAGGCAGGGCUGCCGGAAGGUUGCGAGAACGUCAACGCCAUCAAGUCUCCCGAGCUCAUGAUCCCGUUCUUCAAGUCCAUGGCCGUCUUCCAGCGCCCAGUCGAGGAUCUCCUCCGAAAUUGGCGGCCGGAUUGCAUCGUCGCCGACGUCGUCUUCACCUGGGCUACAGAGACCGCCGGGAGACUCUGCAUCCCGAGGCUCUUCUUCAACGGAACAGGGGCGUUCGCCGUGUCUUUGCUUCACGCCCUCAAAUUCCACGAGCCGUACAAAGAGGUGGAAUCUGAUUCCGAACCUUUUCUUCUCCCUGGAUUGCCGCAUGAGAUUCAAUUGACCAAGUUGCAGCUCCCGCCUUUUUUGAAAGGCGAUGAAUCGGAUAGCGGGAUUAAGGAACUGCGAGAGAAAAUGGAGGAAUCGGAGGUCAACAGCUUUGGGGCUGUAGUGAAUAGCUUCCACGAGCUUGAGCCGGGGUACGCCGAGUACUACAGGAAGGUGAUGGGGAGAAAGGCAUGGUUGAUUGGUCCAUUGUCGCUCGGUAACAAGGACGGUACCAAGGAAAAAGCAGAGAGAGGAAAUGUUGCCUCCGCCGCCGGCAUCGAUGAACAUGACCAUUUGAGAUGGCUGGAUGGUAUGGAACCCAAUUCGGUGUUGUAUAUCUGCUUUGGGAGCAUAUCCAACAUGUCGAAUGCUCAGCUGUGUGAGAUCGCUGGUGCUCUGGAUUCAUCGGAGCAGAGGUUCAUCUGGGUUGUGAAGAAGGGGGAAUUGCUGCCGGAAGGGUUCGAGGAGAGGAUGAAUGGGAAAGGGAUUGUGAUCAAGGGAUGGGCGCCUCAGGUGCUGAUUCUCGAUCACACGGCGAUCGGAGGGUUCAUGACGCACUGCGGAUGGAACUCGACGCUCGAAGCUGUGGCUGCAGGGGUGCCGAUGGUGACAUGGCCGCUCCAGGCAGAGCAGUUUCUCAACGAGAAGUUGGUGACCGAUGUUCUGAAGAUCGGUGUUGGAGUUGGAGCUCAAGAAUGGUCGAGAGGUGAGAGGAAGAUCGUCGUGGGGAGGGAAGACAUAGAGAGGGCGAUGACUCGGGUGAUGGUCGGCCAGGAGGCGAAAGAACUGAGGGGCAGAGCUAGGAAGCUUCAGAAAAUGGCUGUCAUGGCAAAUGAAGAAGGAGGAUCUUCUAAUUCUGAUCUGAAAUCAUUGUUGGAGGAACUAACUUCUCUACUGGACAAGAAAUUGUGAUGGUCAUGGUUGAUAGGGAUGACAAUCGAGCAGAUUCCAUUAAUAUGAACCUGUAGCGAACUUUGAAAAGAAGAGAAUUAUUGUACGCUUAUGCAAAGAGAUGCACAAUACAAAUAUGAUGAAGAGCACAUCAAUAGUUUACAAUUCAAUAUCCAAGCCACAGACCAUCAAAAUUUCGAUUGAAUUGAAAAGAAACCAAGUUACAACCUCGAAGAUGGAAUUCGAAACUGUAUCCUAAACAAACUCAACACAGAACACAGGAACAUUGACAAGAUUAUCGUUCUCAAGAAGCUAACCAAGUAUUUGAUACUGACUGCAAGCUAACCAAGUAUUGCAUACUGACUGCCUUUUCGGAGAUCCUACAUCAUCUCGUCGUCAAGAAAUUUUCACCAUCAAGCCUCGGUUCUCUCGACGUCUUCAAGGAUAAGGGCCUUGGUUGGCUUUCCCAGAAGAUCGGUGUACUCUUGGAAAGGCGACUUGGUGAAGCGGGUGUCUUUCCAGAAAUCAGGGGUCAAGAAACCAUAAGUCUUCAGGAGGCAAUCAAAUGUAGCCUGUUGCAUCAAACAAAGAACAGACCGACCUCUGAUCAGUACGAGCAGUCCCCAGAAUCAGAAUUUACCACAAAAACAUAAAAGCAUUAUGAACCAAAUCAUUCUGCCUCCAACUGCAUACAUUGACAUCACUUCCCAUGUCAUAAGCAAUCAAACCAUCACAAACAA